AUGUCAGCUUGUGUUGUACUAAUUUUAGGUUUACCAGCUCAAAGUGGCCAAUAUUAUAUCAUAAAACCUCAUGAUUUAUCGGCACCACUCGGUUUCAAUGUAACAAUUCCAUGUGUUAUUCAACCUCCACAUGGUGAUGUACAAUGGACAAAAGAUGGACUCGCAUUAGGUUAUGAUCGUUCUUUGGCCGCAUUUCCCACUUGGAAAAUUGUUGGCUCAGAAUCAGAAGGUCAAUAUAACUUUUUUAUUGAUGGGCUUAAAUUAGAAGAUGAAGGUUUAUUUGCUUGUGAAGUAUCACCAUUCAUGGAUUAUCCAGCUCUCAAAGAAGUAGCAAAUUUAAGAGUAUUAGUGAAACCUUCUCGUGUUCAAAUAAAUGAUCGUCUAACAGACUCUAAUAAAAUUCAGACUAUAAAUAUUCGAUAUGACGAGCCAACAUAUCAGGUCAAUUGUAAAGUAGAUGGAGCGAAACCAUCUGCACAAAUUAAAUGGUUAAAUGAAAGUGGACACGAAUUUUAUGGAACUUCAAGAACUUAUCAGCAAGGUCGAUUAUAUUCGACAAUAAGUACAUUACAUUUGCAACCGAGUUUAGCAUUGCAUAAAGAAAAGUUUACAUGCGAUGUUCGACAUGAAACAUUAACAAAUGGAGAAAAACUGAGAACGUCAUUCGAAGUUGACGUUACAGCACCUCCAUCUGAUCCGGUUAUUUCUGGUUAUACAACCGGUCAACGUCUAUUAGAUGGUACUCAAUUACAGCUAUCUUGCGUAGCACGUGGUGGUCAACCGUUAUCUCGUGUUAUUUGGUAUCGUUUAAUUCAAAAUAGUAAUCCCGAAGGUGGACCAAUUGAAGAAAAACUAGUUGAUAAUUCGUUUAAUGUUAAUUCAGAUUAUACUGAGAAUAAUUAUACUUUUAUCGUUACUCCUCAAGACAAUAAUUCAACAUUAAAAUGUGAUGUGAUUAAUUCAUAUUUGUAUACACUUGGAAAACAAAUGAAUAAGCAAAUUACGUUGCAAGUAAAUUUUGGUCCGUCUGAAGUGUCAAUUCUCGGUAAUACACCAAAUUCAACCACCACCAUUGUAGAUAGUACAACUCGUCAAUUUCUUUGUCGUUCUACAACGUCUAAUCCCCGACCCCUUCUUCUAUGGAAAUUGGAUAAUCAAAUUUUAACACCUGACGUACCACCGCACGAUGAACCGGGUCUCAACGGUGGUACACAAGUACAAAUUGUUAAGACAAUAGGCAUGGAUACAAGAUUGAAAGAAUAUCACGGAAGGAUGUUGAUAUGUGAGGGUAAAAAUCCAGAAACUGGACAUAUAGUGCAAGACAGAACAUUGCUGAAUAUACUAUAUGAUGCAACCGAACUUGAGAUACAUGGUUUUCAAAAUAAUCAAAUUGUUAAAGCUGGUGAUACAGUAUCGAUUGAAUGUUUGCUAAGAGGAGGAAAUCCAGUGGGAAAAGUUCAAUGGGAGAAAGGUGGUGUAUAUCUUCGGAGUGAAUACAAAAUGGAUGCGAAAUAUGCAUUGGCUAAAAUUGAAUUUAAAGUUCAACCAUCAGCCAAUAAUGUUAUAUUAACGUGUAAAGGACAAGUUGAAAAUUUUAAAGAAAAAUCGGCAUCCGUUCAAUUGAGAGUAUUUUUUCUUCCAUCAGAACUAACUAUUUUGGAUAAUCAACGGUUAAAUUCUCUCACAAUUGAUGAUCGACCUGAAUUUAUUUGUAAAACGACCCAUUCAAAUCCUCAAAGUCAAUUGAGAGUAUAUCGUCAAGGCAAUGAUGGAAGACAUUAUUUGGAUACAACAGACGAAAUUUAUACUCAAGAAAAUGGAGGAUUUAUUAACAGUGUUAAAUUUCAAUUACCACCAGUAAAUGUCAUAUACCAUGGUAAUUUUUUAACGUGUGAAGCAUCAAUUGAUGUCAAUGGAGAAAUUAUCACUAAGCAUGCCUCCUAUGUCAUCAAUGUUAAUCAUAAACCUCACUUUAAUGAUUAUGAUCCAUUUGGUGACGUCAAAGAAAAUCAACCAUUUAAUUUAACGCUCGAAGCGACUGGUUAUCCAAUGCCUGUUACCUACACAUGGUAUCAUCCGAAUGGAAGAGCAUUAGUCACAGAUGCUGCAUAUACCGUACAACAAGGUCAUUUAUUAAUACAUUCAGUUAAGAAAACAGAUUUGGGAGUUUAUAAGUGUAAAGCCACAAAUAUAAUCGGAACCACAGAAACCAAUUUUACACUUAAUGUUCUAUAUGCUCCGACAGUCACCAAAACACAUGGCUUUUCAUCUUUUGAUGCAGUGACACCAGGAACUACAGUUACCUUAAAAUGUCAAAUUGAUGCAAAUCCAAUGAAUUUAAGCAAUGUUAGAUGGUAUAAGCAAUCCAUACCAAUCGUUCAAAACGGUAUUCGUUUUGAACGCCGUUUUGAGUUGAAUGAAGCGAGUUUAAUCAUUCGUAGUGUAAGAAAAGAAGAUGCUGGACAAUAUGCAUGUGAAAUUGAAAAUCCAUUUGGUCAAAAUAGAAUGGAUUCUCUUACAGAUCCUCCAGAGAUAGUUCGUGAUCCAGCGUAUGCAAAAGCGGCAAGCGAUAGUGAUCGUUUUUUAACAGCUGAAUUACACUGUCGAAUAUCAGCGUUACCGAAACCAACUGUACAAUGGUUUAAAGGUUCUGAUGAACUUCCAUUAAUAACCAAAUACCGUACAGUGUUAAACGAUUUACCAUCAACAUCGUCGCCUCAGUUGCUCUUCACAUACGAUAGUGUUCUAUUUAUUGCCAAUGUAACAAAAGAAGAUCAUGGAAUUUAUCGAUGUAAAGCUGAAAAUCAGUUAGGAGCUAGUACAGUCGAUGUGCAAUUAACAGGAUUAACUCGUCCCGAUACUCCAACUAAUUUACAAGUGGGAAAUGUUACGUACAACAGCAUUUUACUUCAAUGGCAACCCGGUUUUGAUGGUGGUGCACCUCAACAAUUUCAAAUACGCUAUCGCUUACAAACAAGCGAUCGUUACCAUUAUGAAGAUAUACCACCGCGUAUCACAGCAAUUGAAGUUAAAAAUUUAGAAAUUGGUACCACAUAUUUAUUCUCUAUUCGAGCAAAUAAUAGUUUUCACCUGAGUCCAUGGACCGAUGAAUUUUCUAUAACAACUAGUCGUGAUGUGCCUCAACCUAUUUAUCCGUUCGUACCUCAAACUCGUUUUUCGUUAACUGUCAUUUUGAUUGUCUGUGCUCUUGGCAUUUUUCUAUUAAUAUUUAAUAUAAUUCUAAUUGCCAUAUUUGUUAAACGACGACGAAAAAAGUCAGAUAACGAUAGUACAACUGGUACUAAUGAAACAGAAGCAAAUACCGUGGAGAUAUUUCAACCACCACCGAUAUUUACUGACGAUAAUUCAGGAUAUCCAUUCAAUACUUAUCAGCGAUAUGAUGAUGAAGAUGUGAAACGACCAUUUGUUACCCAUACAACAACAUUGGGACCAAAAACGUUAAGAUUAAGUCCACAAAAUCAAAAUAAUGGAGAAAAACGAAUUUUGCAAUCACAAUCACCAGUGUGGAAAAAUAAUGAUCCGGAUGAAGAUCUAUCCUAUGUUGAUUCCAUACGUCAAUUACAACAUUCUAUCAUUGAUGACUCGUAUGCAGCUAUUAAGGUAUAAAUUACCAUUGACUUGAAGAACAAUCUAUUCAAAACUAUAGUAGUUAAACGUUUUAAUGUUGUAUAAAUAGAUGCUAGAGAAAAAUUGUGUAGUUCAUAUAGUUCAAGCAUUUUAUCUCAUCUUUGCUUUUAUAUUUUAGAAAGGUCGUUUUUCCCCGUACGAUAAUCUGAGAAUUAAUUCUCCUCAUCAUUCCAGUGAUAUAAUUACUUAUCGAAGUUUUAAAGAAAAUCAUCAAAAUACUAAUAAUUUACAUCAUACUGAUUAUUUAAGAGGGCAACUUGUCUGAGAGAAAGAAAACAGAGAGAGAACAGUCAUAACGGAACAAAAUUAAUAACAGUGAUAUGCACAUCCGACAAGAAUCAAAUAAAUGGGCUCUUUCGCCCAUACAGUCAUUACAAUUAUUUGUAUUUUCAUACAUUAUAUAGUCC